GCUCAUUGUAUUACUGUCAGCUAGCUAUCAGUACCAAGUUGCGCAAUUCCUAUUCCAAUUGCUUGCCUAACUUUCGAACUGGAGCUGCGCGACAGCAAUUAAAUCCAGAGAAUCGUGAUUGCUUGUCUGCGGCGAGCUGUAUGCGCAGUGCGUAAUCGCCGCCAUGAGCAAACUCCUAACGCCCCGACAAGCAGAAGAGCUGCACAAGACAAUCAUCGCAUAUCUAUCUUCCAACGAUCUGGCACACUCCGCGAAUGCAUUGCGAGAAGAGCUCAACAUUGGCGACAGCUUCAGCGAGGAGACGUCCAAGAAGUACGAAGGCAUUAUGGAGAGGAAAUGGACGAGCAUUAUCCGUCUGCAAAAAAAGAUUAUGGACCUCGAGUCGGAGAAUUACCGUCUUAAACAAGAGUUGGAAACAUCCACCCCGACCUCCUUCCUCCGCGGCAAUCAAGAUCCAGCUACCUGGCUACCUCGGGCCCCUGCUCGCCACACGCUGCAGUCUCACCGUAGCCCGGUCACCUGCGUUGCCUUCCAUCCUAUAUUUUCAUCACUCGCCUCUGGCUCCGAGGAUAGCACAAUCAAGAUCUGGGACUGGGAACUCGGCGAAUUGGAACGUACCGUCAAAGGCCACACCAAGGCUGUUCUGGAUGUCGACUACGGUGGACCACGUGGGGGAAUGCUACUUGCGUCCUGCUCAAGCGACCUCACAAUAAAAUUGUGGGAUCCGAGCGAUGAGUACAAGAAUAUUCGAACGCUGCCGGGACAUGACCACUCGGUCUCGGCAGUGAGGUUCAUCUCGAGUGGCUCUGCUGGGCUACCCUCAACAGGAAACCUCCUUGUGUCGGCCUCGCGAGAUAAGACUCUACGCAUCUGGGACGUCACAACCGGCUACUGUGUAAAGACGUUGAGCGGACACCUGGACUGGGUACGAGAGGUCACGCCGAGCUUUGAUGGACGAUGGCUCCUGUCUGGAGGCAAUGACCAAACAGCCCGUUUGUGGGACGCAGCAUCUGGCGAGAUCAAGGCGACCUUUCUAGGACACGAACAUGUCAUAGAAUGCUGCGCUUUUGCACCCCCGACGGCCUAUGGACAUCUUGCCGCAUUGGCAGGCCUCAAAAAGCCCCCUCUACCCAGCAGCUCCGGUGAAUUUGUAGCUACGGGGUCUCGUGACAGAAAGAUCAAAUUAUGGGAUGGUCGUGGCACGCUCAUCAAGACACUUGAUGGCCACGAUAACUGGGUUAGAGGCAUGGUGUUCCACCCGGGCGGUCGCUACCUGAUCAGUGUCAGUGAUGACAAGACAAUGCGCUGUUGGGAUUUGGAGCAAGAAGGCAAAUGUGUCAAGACUAUAAGUGAUGCGCACGGGCACUUUAUUAGCUGCAUCCGUUGGGCGCCAAGCAUCAGCAACGAGCCAAGUGCUGUCAAUGGAGAUACUCCAGGCCGGCCCUCAAAUUCUGGUAAGGGGCAGGAGUUGGCCGCCGCAAAGGCCAACAUUCGCUGUGUGAUUGCAACCGGCAGUGUGGACCUGAAUGUCCGGAUCUUCGCUUCUUAGCAAGAACCAUACUGCGCUCGCAUUUUGUUUCGGCAAGCUUCUCUGGAAGGAUCAUCUCAAUUACCUACUAUCGUGACUAUUUUUAUCUUAUCAUCUCGCGACUUGGCGUGCAUGGCGGCUUAAGCUUGAUUUAGCUCUUUCAUGUCGAUGGAUGGACGGCGUCUGGCGUUUGGGCUCGGCAGUGAAAGCGCGGCCGGUUACACAAUCGUGUCAGUGACUGAUGGCUCAUGGCCAUGCCUGGGAAUGUCACUUGGGAGUAUUUCUCGGAUGGGAAAAUGAUAUCCCGUUUCUAGCGCAUAUUUUCUUAGAUUCAUGCUAUUUCCUGCUGACUAGCUGGCAUUUACCAUGGGUC